UGUCUAACAUCCUUUUACCUUUUAGAAAAUGUACAACAAAAAGUAACCCUUGAAAAGAAUUAGAGACGCUAAAUUAAAUUUAGAGGACCAAGAAGAACUUUUUACAGCAAUGAAGGAAUAUAAAGUUGUUGUUUUGGGGUCUGGUGGUGUUGGAAAGAGUGCAUUGACAGUUCAAUUUGUUUCUAACCAAUUUCUUGAAAAAUAUGAUCCUACUAUUGAAGACUUUUACCGUAAAGAAAUCGAAGUUGAUAAUUCGCCAUCAAUUCUAGAAAUACUAGACACGGCUGGCACUGAACAGUUUGCAUCUAUGCGGGAUUUAUACAUUAAAAAUGGCCAAGGAUUUUUAUUAGUAUACUCAAUAACAAAUCGACAAACUUUAACGGAUGUUCAACCAAUGAGAGAUCAAAUAGUACGUUUAAAGGGCCAAGAGAAUGUACCAAUGUUGUUAGUUGGAAAUAAGCGUGAUAUAUAUGAUGAGCGUGAAGUGUCUCCAGAAGAUGGGCAAGCAGUAGCCAACAGAUGGAAUUGUCUAUUUUUUGAAACGUCUGCCAAGACCCGAUACAAUGUAAAUGAUGUUUUUGCAGAAAUUGUGAGAAGGAUAAACAUAGUAAACCAGAAACAAAGAAAAAAGAAGUGUUGUAACAUUUUGUAGAGUUAUGUUUGCAAAAAUCACUCCAGUCAAGCUAUGCAAACAUUCCCAGGGUACAAAUAAUCAACAGUAGCAUAGUUGAGAGAUGCCUUUUGGUAUUAUAACUUUGGUAUCCUACUAAAAAGAAUAUAUCUUAGUAUCUAAGAAAGAACCUAAAGAAGGUUUUAAUGGGAGGACUUAUUUACUUAUGUUUAACUGUAUUAUAAAGAACAAUAAAAACAUCAUUUUAAUGAA